GUCCUAAAAAACAGAAAAAUUAUUUACUGAAAAAUAAACAACAAAAAAUGCGUCUCUCCCAACCAAUUGUCCAAUGCGGCAAUAUUCAAACAGCAAAUGACAACAAAAAUGCCAGACGCCGUUCCCAUUCUGCAACUCGUUCAUUCACCGAUUCAACAGUGAAUUUUAUGGGGAGAAUUGGGCAAAGUCUUAGGAUUGCUUCAUCGUCAACCAAUCGAAAAAGACUGCAAAAUAAACAAGAAAAAGUAAAAAAAAAAUUAUUUAAGAGACCGACCUGA